AUGGGUCGUAUGCAUGCUCCAGGUAAAGGUAUCGCAAGCUCAGCCUUGCCAUACCGACGUACACCACCUUCAUGGUUAAAGACUACACCCGAAGACGUUUGUGAGCAAAUUUACAAGUUUGCAAAAAAGGGCAUGACACCUUCGCAAAUUGGUGUACAUCUUCGAGAUUCACAUGGUAUUGCACAAGUGAAAAAUGUUACCGGGAAUAAGAUUCUACGUAUUCUAAAGUCGAAUGGUCUAGCACCGGAGAUUCCCGAAGAUCUCUAUCAUUUGAUCAAAAAAGCUGUUGCUGUUCGUAAGCACUUGGAACGUAAUCGUAAGGAUAAAGACUCCAAAUUUCGAUUGAUUUUAAUUGAAUCAAGGGUUCACCGUCUUGCCAGAUACUACAAAACAGCAGGACAACUUGCACCAAACUGGAAAUAG